CUUCAGUAUUCUUUGUUCGUUCGACUUAACAAAACCCAGUUAUUUUCUUUCCGAUUUUAGAUCAGUUCAGUUUUGUUUAACACUUAUCGAAUUGUGACAUAACAAGAAGUGGUGCAAAAUUGGCGAGUACAAAAUGUUCAAGCGACUGCGCAGCCAAUUGAAGAAAGCGGCAUUGAAUCUGAUGGCAAGUCGUGGAAGGGACAUCCUAAGCCGCUCCGUCGCCUGGCAGAAGGAUGAUCAGCUGGAGGCCGCCCAGCGAAUGGCGGAGCGCCAUCGGCGGGAUCGCGAGCGUUUGGCGGAGCGGAAUCGUGAGCCGUGGUUCGAAGUCUACAAGCGGCACAGUGGACAGCAGGCGAGCAGCAGAAGAUCGCCACGGGAACGAUUGCAGCCGCUGCAGAGUAGGCAGUUUGCAACUACCCCCUCCUCCUCCCCUUCCGCAACCUCCUCCACCUCUUCCACCUCCCCCUCGAAUUCGGAAACCUUCGACCUCCCGCCCGAUAUCUCACCCAUCGAACUGUGGCGCCAGCGACAGCAACUGGAGAAGCAGCGCGAGGAGCAGCAGCGCCAGGAGGAGCAGCAGUUGCAGCGGCUCAAGAUGAAGCCAGUGCGCCACCCGCAACCACCGCCGGCUGCCCGCCGACGCACCACGCCGCUCACUUUGGCCAUGCACCCGCUGCAGAGGGCAAGGGUCAUCUCGGCUUUGACCAAGAGGCAGCUGCACCGCUUCCGGCAGCGCAAGUUGCUCCUGGAUGAUCUUCAAAAUUAAUGCACUCGAAAUCUCAAAAAUAAAUCAAUUGCAACAAUAAGAUUUUAAAAAGAAAACUAAAUUACCAAUAGGAUGUGAAAGCAAACUAAAUGUAAAACUAGUGAAAAUGUGUUAAAAACUCCCAUAAUAAUAAUUAUUUUAUUGUGUAGAAUCAACUUUA